AUGUUCACAGCAGCAGCUCUUUGCCGCACCGGUGGCUUCCUUGUUGCUCGCGGCAGGCCAUUACCAGUAGCAGCUGUGUAUGGUCGGUGUAGAUCUAACACUACUCGUCAAAGAUGGUUUUCCUCGACCGAAGAUAAUCGAUCUUUUGAGGAGUAUUUCAAGGCGCUCCAAAUCCACCCCAGUUUCCAUGACGAAGUGCUGGGAGAGGCCAAGAAACAAACGGGGAGCGAUAACUUGACUGUAGCAUCGCUGUCAGAAGCUCUGGGAGGUGAUGAAGCUGUCGUGCUGCUGGCAAAGUCAAUACAGAAGCAAAGACGCAAAGAACAAAAGAAGCGGAGAUCGCGACGGGUGGACGUAAUCCUCCAGAUAGCGGAGCACCAAAAGACGUAUUCUUGGAAGUACGGUGAAUCGUUGCUGGAUCUGGUGGACAAAAAUCGAACAGAUAUUGAACUGAGUCUCAAAGAAGAUAUGCAAGGAAGAGUUCAAGGGAGUUGUGGGGGGCAAAUGGCUUGCUCGACGUGCCAGGUGUACUUGGAUGAAGUCACCUUUGCAUUUCUGCCACCACCCACCGAAGCUGAACAAGACAUGUUGGGGCUUGCCUUUGAACCACAAAGCACAUCUCGAUUGGGUUGUCAGGUGAAACUCAACGAUGAAUUGGUGGAAUAUGCCCAGGGAAACAAAAUUCAUGUCUUUGUUCCGUCCGAGGUGAAUGACCAGUGGUUGGAUUGA